AUGUCUUGUUACACAGGCAUGAUAAUGAGGGGUGAAGGUCAAUUUCGAUGUAACAAAGCUGAAGAUUGUGAUCCUCGUGGUUGCAGACUAGAUACACAUGUAAUAUGUAAAGACCAUAAAUGUACUUGUAGCCAUGGUGCUGUUAUUGGCGGUCAAAGUUUAGGAAUUGGUAACGGUAUUCGUGAUGGGUGUCCACCAAACAAUCACGUUAUCUGCAAACGUGAAGUUUGCACUUGUGUCCCAAAUUGA